UUUGACUCUCACCCCCCAAGUCCCUCUACUUUUCUUCUCUGGUUUGCGUUCUGUUCUUCACAAGCCCAGAUUUUCUCCCACUAAUAAUCAAACCCAUAAACUUUCUCUUCUUUUCCUUUGCUUUCUCUUCAACUAAAGCCCAUAUUUCUCUUCUAUUAAUUUACUUUCUCUUCAGGUCAUACCCUUGUUUUUCUUUUUCAAUUUGCAGAGGCUUGGAUCGUCGGAUUUGCAAAUUGAUUUCUAUUGAUCUCUGCAAAUCGAUGAGUGGAAGACGACUGAGGAAGUCGAAGCCUCAGCACGAUGAUGAUGCGAAGCACUGGUCUUAGCAAUCCCAUCUUUUUUUGCCCGGCCUCGCUAAGCCCAGCUAGUGAAGAGUUUAGUCGGAACGAGUCCUAGCUAGUCCAAUUAAACUCAGCCCUGGCUUGCGCCAAACACGGAUUAAUAUUCUUAGCUAAGCCAGUCUAGUCCAGUGAGGCUUACUCGCUUAAACCCAAAACCCCAAAACCCUCCGGCGGCCACGAAAGGGGUUGCUCAGCCGUUGCAGAGAGACAGAGAUGCUUAGGGGCGGCAAGAGCUACGUGUCAGCACGUCCGGCCUUCGCCACCGACGCCAAGCGCCUCCUUGUCUGCACAGGCACCGCCGUCUCCAUAUUUACCACCUCCACUGGUUUGCAGAUAUCGUCCUUGGAGGGUCACAAUGCAUCGGUCACCUCCGUCAUAGUAGUUCCCGGCAACAAAGCUCUGAGCUUCUGCUGGACCGCCUCUGUUGACGGCACCAUUCGCUAUUGGGACUUUGCAGUCGCUGAGUUGAUGAAGACCAUUGAUAUUAAAAUGCCCAUUUUCUCUAUGGUUGUUCCGUCUACAAUGGGUCAACCUGUGAAGGAACACAAGAAAAUGAUUUUCAGGUUGUUCCGGUAUGCAUGGAAAUGGUUGAUAGGAAUUGGAACCCCCACCCCCACGACUCGAAAACCAGAGGCUAUAACUAUCAGUCCCUCAGGAAAAUUCUUCGGCAUCCGGUACAAGCGGAAGCUUCAUAUAUGGAGAGUCCCUGCUAUAGACUCGAAACUCAUGAUUUCUAAGAAUAUUACUCUGCAUCAUACAAGAAACUUUAACGUUCUUGCAUUUCAUCCAACUCAGACAAUUGUUGCCGCGGAUGAUACAAGUGGGAGAAUUCUAAUCUGGACAGGAUUUGGUAAAGGUAUAUUUUCUGAUGGUGGCAAACUAAUGAAAGGAAGAUCAAUGAAUAAUGAGGAUGAAAGGGAUGGAGUUAGGGGAGAUGACAAUGCUCAUGCUUCCUCCACAUGGCAUUGGCAUGGUGCUGGAAUAAGUGUUCUUUCUUUCUCUUCUGACGGUGCCUAUUUAUAUUUAGGUGGAAUGGAAGGAGUUUUUGUGGUCUGGCAGCUAGACACAGGGAAAAAGAGUUUUUGCAAGUUCUUGCCCAAAAUUGGAUCUCCUCUUCGAUAUUUGACUGAUUCUCCAGACCCUUCACUUUCUUCUAUAUCUUGUGCAGAUAAUCAAAUUCAUAUACUAAAAAUGCCCUCAAUGGAAAUCUUGAAGUCUAUUUCAGGGAUCAAGCUUCCUUAUUCAGGUCCAGAGAUAUACGACGGAAUAGCAGGCAAGUUUGCCUUUGAUCACACUGAUGGGUUGGUUGCUUUGUGUACAGAGAAUUAUCGAAUCCAGUUCUACAGCUUGUUUGAUGACCGUGAAAUGUCUGAGGUUCAAAUCUGGAGAGAAAUCAUCAACCAGGAGAUGAAGUCAGAGGAUGCUAGAAUUUCUUCCCUGUGCCAUCCUACUCGUCGUAAGGUUGCCAGCUCAUCCUAUUGUGGGGAUUUCAAGAUUUGGGUUUGCAGUGAUGAGAUUCUGCAGAAACAUGAGGUUCUGCAACAUUCUGGUUGGAUGUGUCAUGCUGUAGGUUCAUACAAGAAUAAGCCAAUGACAGCUGCUGCAUUUUCUGGUGAUGGUUCUGUUCUGGCAGUUGCAGCCGAAAAUGUAAUCACACUAUGGGAUCCCGACAACAAUGCACUUGUAGCUGUGAUUGGAGAGAUGCAGAUUGUGAUUGUUUCAGAUCCCAAUCAUCUUUGGAUUAAUCUUUCAUCAGAAACAUAUGUUAUUUCAUCUGAAUCAUUAUAUUAGUGUGUGGAAAAUGUGGCUUGCCCUUUCUACUUGUAAUCUUUAUACUGGGUUCUAAAUCAUUAUAUCAGACGUCUUUGCUGCUCCUGGUUUAGCAUGGUGGUCUUAAGUUGUCCAGGUAUGGGUUGUCUUAAGUGUUUUUGGGGUAUGGAUGGUCUUCAAAUGAGUGAAAGAAAUUUGAGUCAUGGCCUUUCUACUUCUAAAAUCUUUACACUGGGUUCUGAUCUUUCUUUAAUUGAGAACUAGACAUCUUGAGCAUGGUGGUUGUAAGUUUUUUGUGGUAUUGGCGGUUGUAAGUUUUUUUGGGUAUGGGUGAUCUUCAAAUGCCUGAAGUAGGGAGUAUCUUCAGAAUAUACACCCUUUUUAAUUAUGCUUACCACGUCAUUUUGAUGCUGGUACACUCAAUAGAGUUGAUGGAAGAUAUUGAAAUGUAAUUCAAACCUGCUCUCAUAUAAUUUUUUCCUCAGCCAAUUGUGACCCUGUCAUUUGCUGGGAAAUCAGAGUGUCUCGUGUCUGUCACUCAAGGUUCAAAACCGCAACUAUCGGAGUGGAGCAUGUCAGAACUCUCCGAAUCUUGGUCAUAUAAGCUGCACGUAGAAGAUUCAUCAUCAUUUGCAGUUCUAUCUUUACAAGGAAAAGAUGGGUAAUCGUAUUAUUCAAUGCAGCAGAUCCUGUUCCAUUGGCUAUGUGGUCUGUAAGGAAGGUUUAUACUUAAAAUCUCUGCUUUUUAGCCUUUCUUCAUAUAAUCCAUCCCCAUUUUCUUUUUACUUUUAGAAUCCAUUGGGCUAACUGUAAUUUAAUCAACUCAUGGAAAACAGACGAGAUAAUCAUAUGGAGAGAAUCCAAUAGAAUAAAUAAAAAUAAAUAAGGAAAAAUCUAAUAAACCAUUUUGUGAUGCACAUUUUAGCUCUAGUAUUAGAAAAGAAUGAAUUGUAUUUUAAUCCUUUAUGCUUAUAUUGCAGGCUUUGUUGUUGUUGUUGUUGUUGUUUGUAGCCGACCCCACUUUGUGGGAAAAGGCUUUGUUGUUGUUGUAUGCUUAUAUUGCAGGCUAAGGGAGGGGAGGGGGGCUUGCUUUUCUCAACAGCGACCAAAUUUCCUUCCAGCAAAAUAUUUUAGAUGGCAACGGACCACAAGCUUUGCUUGUCUAUAUUAAUGGUGACCAUCAAUAUGUCAUCUUGGACCCAUAUAGCAAAGAAGCAAAUGAACUUAGUCUAACCAGGCCCGGGGGGGGGGGGGGGGGCAUUUUACCUCUGAUGAAACAGGUAGAGCUUCCUUGUGCAUUAGUUGUGUAAUAUAUGGGAAAUCUUAGCAUGAUGGGUGAACAAGGAGCCCAUAUAUAAUAUUGUUAAUUUUAAAAUAACAUGCUCAUAACAUAAUGUGUUAUCAUAUUGAUGAAUCCGUAUUCUACUUUUUGAAAAUUUGUCGUCUAGUAUAUGGGAAAGGAAAAUAUGCUAGGUUAGGAAACUCAAAUGCUGGGUUUAAAUAGAAGCCCUUAGCCCUCAUAUUUGGACCGACUUUCUAGUAGAAGAUGAGAUGUCCCGUAUAGAUGCCAAAUUGCCCAUAGUCGCCAUGGGUUUCAACCUCAGUUUGGAAUUUGACAUAUACUCGUCAGUUAACAUAUUAUUCUCAUGCGUUUAUGCAUACACACAUACAUAAAUAUAUGCAAGUACAUUAGAAAAUUGUUCAGAACUGGUUAGAAAAAGUUGAUUUAUAUCUUGGUACGUAUGCCUUUCAUGAAUUAAACGAUAUUCAGAUAUAUGCUUUCUAUCAGAAAAAUGUUGACAUCAUGAUUUCAGUUGUUGAGAGCCGAAGAAUGAUAUUUGGGUUUCUACAUGAUGUGUGUUUAAAUACCUGUAUUACAGUAUCGUAUCUUGUCAUUAAUUAAUUUUUCACAUACCAGGGGAAUUUGGAUAUGCAUACCGAAUCUUUCAAAAUUUCUCACCCAAUGAAUGUUGGGUGGUUGAGGUAGAACAAACUUCAAAUCUUUCAAAAUUUCUCACCCAAGCAAUAUUAGUAGCAGUGUAGGCUAAAGCUUUUUAUUAAGCUUCUGUCAAAACUUUGGACACCAAAUAUUAUUUCUUAGACUGCUAAGAGAUAGGAGGACUGUUCCCAAGAAAUACCAGAGACCCUGUAACUGACCUUCUGGUGUUGGGUCUGCAGUCAAAUCAGCGUCUCUGAGAUUAGGUUAUCAUAUUGUAGAUACAUAAUGCCACGUUGCAUUGUUCUUUGAAGGUAUCUUAGGAUCCUUUAAUAGCACCAAAAUGAACAUCUGUUGGUGUAGUCAUAUAUUGACAAACUGAAUUCACUGUAAAUGCAAUAUAUGACCUAGUAAAGAUCAAAUAUUGUAAGGAUCCAACAAUGCUUUGUCAU